AUUUAAAAUGGCGGCGUUGAAGUAGAAGUUUCGUUCAUAGUUUUUAAUUUCUACUCAUAUUUACUCGCGAGUUUAAAGUGUUAAAGUUUUACAAAUAAAUAUAUUUAUGUUAUAUCAGAUUAUUAUUCCUUACACAACCUUCCAGAGUGCCUCUUAACGAAUUAGUGAGAGUGCAAUGUCAGAGGAGUCAGACAGACAUGGGGAGUCCGCCAGUGACGGCGUCGCAGGAGGCGGCGUCACUAACGUGGCGCGCGUGUUGUUGACCCCUCACCAAGUCGACACCGCGUCCGCGGACUCGCUUCGUACCGCAUGGAGAAACCAGGACUUGUAUAUUGAUCAUCUCGAAUCCUUGAACAAACAGUUGGAAGGCAGCUUGGAAAAGGCGAAAAGUAUAGAAGACAGAAUAAAUAAGCAAUAUGCAGAAUCACAACAUCGCGAGAAGGUUCUUGUGAGGAGGCUUGCUGCUAAGGAACAAGAAAUACAAGAUUAUGUAAGUCAAAUAACAGAAUUGAAAUCAUCACACGCCAGCCUAAAUGGGCGACCUUCAUUAUUGGACCCAGCGGUCAACAUGCUUAUUUUAAGGUUAAAACAAGAACUUACAUCUACUAAGGCGCGACUCGAAGAGACACAAAACGAACUUUCAGCGUGGAAAUUCACACCAGACUCAAAUACAGGGAAAAAGUUGAUGGCGAAAUGUCGACUCUUGCAUCAAGAGAAUGAAGAUCUGGGACGCAUGACUUCCAGUGGUCGGAUAGCUAAGUUAGAAGGUGACCUAGCAUUACAGAAAAGUUUUAGUGAAGAAGUUAAGAAAUCACAAUCAGAAUUGGAUGAGUUCCUACAAGAAUUAGACGAAGACGUAGAGGGGAUGCAAAGUACAGUGCUAUUUCUGCAGCAGGAAUUGAGGGCGACCCACGCCACAGUGAACGGGAACCGAGCGUCGACCCCCGCGGACAAGCGGACGUACUCGGGCAGUGAAUGUAGCGACACCCCCGUGGGCAAGCGGCGGCGGGCUUCAGUGCUCUCGUUAGACUAUAAUGAAGACGAGGAACCCUUAACUGUCACCAACGGUGAAGCGGACUAAAUAGUGCUCAGUAACCCUGGAUUGUGAUCUGUGGCCGCAUCAACGGCUGACUUACGUUGUACUCAAACAAUCUUACAAGUGAUUGAUCAAUUACAUCACGUUGAAAGCUUUUAUAUUAGCUAAUAACGAAGUGUGUUAAAUUUACGUACUUUUAUUAGAAGACAAAAUUCUAUACAAUGUGUCAUUACUAUUGACUAAUCGGUGAUGAUUGUGUCCAUGUGGAAUGAUGAGAAACUCGUUUAUUUGCCUUUACAUGAAGUGGACCAUGUGAUCAGAUUUAGUGAAAUCGUUAUGACAUUGAUUUUUUGAUAAAUAUUCGAACAAACACUCAGAUGACAAUUUUAUAAUUUAUUUAUGUAAAGUGCAUUAAUUGAAUGUGAUAAAUAUAUUAGAGGAGCCAAUAUUAUAAGCAAUAAUAAACUUUUUGUUGCCAAUAUUUUAUUGAAUUGAUGGCUUUAUCUAUUAUGGACACCCAAUGUUUAAUGGUGAUGAAUUUUCCUGUGUUGCAAUAAUGUCGAAACAUUAAGUCUAAGAUGUAAUAAUUGCCGUGUUUUUAUUGAAUUUAUGUGAUUAUCUACAUAAAAUGAUUCUAUUUUAAAAUUACGAUUGAAUGUAUAUAUAGAGCUAUGUUAAUAAACAUAUUACUGUCAUCAGUUA